AAAUGCAGCUUUGCUUUGCUCAAGUUUGGCGAGUGAACUUUUACUUUCACGUCGUGAAUUUUAUUUUCAGUGCAUUGAAUUUUAAAAUCAACUGAAUCAGUGGAUCAAGUUGUAUUCUGGAAGACAGCGGUGCUUGAUUAACACUUAUAUCGAUCAUUAGCUUCUUUGUGAGGACAUCCUCAAUUCAUAGCUGUUGUGUUAUUUUUUUGGUGCCUUAUCAAUAUGGAACACAAGUCAGUGCCGAACGAAGAAUCGGUCAAAAAAUCCUUCAUGAAGAGUGGCUUAAUUGAUCCUCGAUACUAUGGAAUAAUCGUCGCUGUUAUAGUUGUCAUCAUUACUUUGGCUAUAUUGAUUCUCUACCGACGAAGACAGUCAGCCAAAAGGAAUGUCCUCAUCAUGGGCUUAUGUAAUUCUGGCAAAACUUUGUUGUUCGCAAGACUCUUACUGCACCAGUUCAGACCGACUCUAACUUCCAUCAAAGAAAAUGCAGAAGAUUGUGUUUUCGGAAAUGGCGUUGUAAAGCUGGUGGACAUUCCAGGAAGUGAACGAGUGAGAGGCAAAUAUUUCGAUCUGUACAAGCCCCUGGCAAGAGCUGUCAUUUUUGUGAUCGAUUCGUCAACUAUUCUGGAAGAAAUUCGGGAUAUUGCUGAAUUGCUCUUCACAAUUUUGACUGACCAUACCCUUGCUUCAAAUCAAGUCAAGAUUUUGAUUGCUUGCAACAAACAGGAUGAACUCAAUUCCAAGAGCGCAAAUGAUGUUCAAGUCAUAUUGGAAAAAGAAUUGAAUCUUCUGAAAUCUACAAAAAGUCAUCAGCUGGAUAGUAUCAGUGAUUCUGGCAGUAAGCAAGUCCCUCUGUGUCCUGCAGAUAAAGACUUUGAGUUCUCGAAGUCGCGGUUUGUCGUCGAUUUUGCUGAAAGCAGUCUGUCGGAAAAAUCAGUGGAAGGUCACCAAGAGGUGGAGGAGUGGAUUGAAAGUCGGGUCGUUUAAUUUCUUCAGUGAUCUCAUCGAAACUGGAUCAUUUCAACGGAGAUUUGCAACACAUCAUUUUUGUUUCGGCUCAUGGUAUCCCUUCCCAAAAGGGAUGAAAAUAAUGCACACUUCUGUCAACAAUUGCUCAAUGUAAGAGGAGACAAAGUGGAAAGUAACCCUCAUUAGGACAAAAAUGAGACCAUCGCUCUAGUCACAGAAUCAUCUUUAGAUGGUGAAAUCUCAUAGAUUAGUAAAACUAAGUAAGAUCCAUCCUUGUGCUGAGUUUGAACAUCUUUGAUGGAAGGACAUAUCGAUGGCCAAAGUUGAAAAUGCAUAUCUCAAAUUGUGACAUUGCAAUUCUUCGUCCCUGUUUUCUCAAAGGAUAGUUGAUGAUAGUUUCCACUGAAAUUUUCUGUGAAUUCUCAGUGCUCUGUUUAAAAAAAUUGCACAAAAUCGCAAGGAAAAUUUUGAUUAGUUUUCCUUAAGGAAAAUAAAACAUACGUAAUUGGAGACUUUUAAAUGUCGCUAUCAAGGUACACAUUUUUUGCACUUGACCAUUGAUUUGUUUUUGAAAGACUAUGAAAGACAUCUUUCUGCGGUACUUACUGCGGUAAAGCAUAACACUACCUUGAUCCCAUGUGUUCUCCCCCACUUUUAUCCCAUCAAUCAGUGACAAAUGAAACUCAUUUAGGUUCUUUCACGCUGAUCAUCAAAGGGACUUGGGUGAGAUAAAUAAUGAUAUGCAUUAAUAAUGUAAAUUAAAUCAAGAAUUGUGCAUUUUAGAGAACAAUAAGUGUUAAUGUCAAAAUAAGAAACUUUCCAUUCCAACAAAUCUCAUUACUUUUUGCCAAGAUACAAGCUUGAAUCACUAUAAUGUAAUAAUGCAACAAGUGUGGCUGACGCACUUCCAAUGGACGGCUCUCUUUUUGACAGUUCAGACAGAAGGAGUGAUUUUAAUGGCUGAAAAUUCUUUCAAAGAUUGAUAAUUAAGGCAGGUGCAUUAGCAAUUAUCUUUAUUGGAAAAUAGUAUUUAUACUUAAAAGUGGGAAGCCUAUGUCAGCAAGGGGCCUACCUCCUGUUUCCCUCGUAUGGCUAUGCAAAGCCGAACGCAGCUAUCCUGUAAGUGGCUUACUUAAUACUUGAACCCUCCUAAUCAACCCUUCACUGUUUCAAGCCGUAGCACUGUUUAAUUUUCAUCGCAUUUUUGAGUUUGUAGUGCCACAACUUCAGCAAUUCGCCGAUUUCUCUCAAUGCUCAUUGCUCAUACAAAAAGCCGUGUUACGUAUCACUACAAUUGGAGGAUAGAAAACCGGUUGUAUAGAGGCGCUAUAUUUAUCACUGUGUAUAUGUUGUACAGAAUUAUCUUAGCCUAGAGUUGCAAGAUUCUAUUUAUUAUCCACCUCUUACAGUCAAAUUUAAGCAUUACCUCUCCAUCUAUGUUUUCACGUUGUUUUCCUAGAUGCUGUUAUCAUACGAUAUCGUUAAAUUGAUAGAAUUCUGAGUUCACGAUUAAAAUGAUGUAGAAAUCAUACGUUUUUAGUGUUAGAAACAUAGUGACAUACCUCUAUUUUCAUAACUCAUUGACUGCCAAAAAGUUGUGCCCUAUAUUUGAGUCAACACUGGAGUUUUACCGUGUCUUUUGAUUUUUCGAAAACAAAAAACGCAAAGUCCUCUCCAAAAAUUGAUAAUUUCUAAAACUUUAACUUUAUUUUAUUUGCUAAAUGCUGCAAUAGUCUUCAGGUAUAUAUGAAAAAUGGGCUCGUCAAAGCACGGAGUGUAUUUACAGGACUCUUUUCAGGACUUAAUAAUCAAUAUGGCAGUCAACCAGUUAUUUCUGUAUAUAGAUACCGUAAUUGGCGGUUAAUGAUUUCCUGAAGAUUUAUAACCAAUGACGGGCUAAAUGCCAAAAACUUGAAAAUUAAACUAGAUGAGACAUUCCUUUCUAAGGAUCAGGUACAAUAUGCUGCAUAACGAGUUAAGGGGCACCUACAGCAGAGAAGUGCCCAUAAUGUUGGAAAGACAGUGUUAGUGGUAUGCGUCGCUGCAGUUACCUGAAAUGAAAGUGAGUAAAACUCAAAAUCAAAUUUUCGGUUCUUCGCUCGUUAUUGAUAAAUCUUCACUUGUGAUACUUAAAGUUAGAUUUGCUUUAAUAUGCAGGCUUGUAUCAUCUGUUCCUCAUUUUUAAUCGCAGUAAUUUAGGUACACUAUGUCUACACCAUUUUAGUCCAGCAAUUUAUGUCAAUUUGAAUAGCUACCCAAGUAAUUUGGUCCUUAGUUAACUUAUAAUUUGAAAAUGGAUUGAAUGUUUAAGUAUGCAGAAAUUCAGUGCUGGUUUUUCAAAUCUCCAAAUCUGAAUGUCAAAUUUGGCAUCUGUGAGGUAUGCGAUGAUGCUCAAAGUAGAACAGACACAUGCUAAUGUCAACCAAUUUUCCAGCAAAUUUUUUAAUUGUACUAAUUGCAAGAAUCAUUUCUCAAUUUUUGGGAUUUGUUUUGGUUUAUGACGACUAUUCCGCAUCAUUCAAAAAUGCUUGUUUGCGUUCUGGUAAAAAAAAAUGACAGCGGAAGUUAUGAAUAAAUUUGCUUUUUUUCUUCUUAUGUCACCUCAAAUCACACUUUGCAUGAACAAGUGAGGAACAGACCACUAUCACCUUUUUGGUAGGGUUAAUGUAGUCAUUAGAAAAAUUUAGGAACUGUUACCUUUAUCUCUCUAUCUGCGACCUUUGGAUUGGAGCUCAUCUCACUUUCACAUCCAGUGCUGCCAACAGGUCGAAAUUUCUUUGUUUUUUUUCAGUAGAUCUUAAGCACAACUAAGAAACUCUUAGAAUGUAGCUGCAACCCUGUUUUGUCUUCCACUUUGAUACGACUGAUAUUGAUAAAGGGGAGUGUGUUGUUUACCACUCGGACACAUAGUAAACAUUUCUUGCAGCAUUUGGUCCUCCCUUUCUGUGUGUGUAUAUAUUUUAUUAAAGUUUUUCAUAAUAAAAA